AAGAAAGUGGAGUCUCUAGAUCUCACUCCUCGUAGCAGAUUUACACAGCGCCGCUCAGAAUUGAGACCUUCAUCUCCGCACGUGGUUGUCACAUGAUAAGAGAAGCUGGAGUAGUUUUGCAUUCCUGACAUUCAAGAUACAAAUAUGGGAUCCAAGGUCUCAGUGGAAGAAUCCGUACGAGUGGUGAUUGUUGGUGGAGGGUUUGCCGGUAUUGCUGCUGCCAGUCAGCUGAAAUCCUUUGGAAUUCCUUUUCUGUUAGUUGAUAUGAAAGAUGCAUUUCAUCAUAAUGUAGCUGCUCUUCGUGCUUGUGUAGAGAGUGGCUUUGCAAGAAAAACGUUCAUAUCCUAUAAGGAUUCCUUCCAUGACAGCUUUAAACAAGGCAAAGUGGUUGGAAUAAAUCUUCAGACCCAACUUGUGAUUUUAGAAAGCAAUGAGGAGCUUUCGUUUUCUCACCUCAUCAUUGCAACUGGGAGUAAUGGGCCCUUCCCCGGCAAGUUUAAUGAAGUCAUCUCUAAAGACCAAGCUAUUCAGAUAUAUGAAAAUCUGGUUGAAGAGAUUCAGAAGGCUAAGCAUGUGGUGGUAGUGGGUGGAGGUUCUGCAGGAGUCGAGAUGGCGGCUGAGGUUAAGACUGAUUAUCCAGAAAAAGAGGUCACUUUAAUCCAUUCCAAAAUUGCAUUAGCAGAUGUUCAGCUGCAACCAAGUGUCAGAAGAACUGUGAAGGAAAUCCUGUUGAGAAAGGGUGUCAGACUAAUUCUGGCACAAAAAGUCACCAAUUUGGACCAAGUGACUCCAAAUGUUGCCCAAGAGAACAUGGAGUUGCAGUUGGACAAGGACUCGGAGGUGGUAAAUUGUGACCUUGUUUUAUGUUGCAUUGGAUUGAAGGUCAGUUCCUCAAGUUACAGAAGUGCUUUGGGUGACAAAAUGGCAGAAGACGGUUCCCUUAUAGUUAAUGACUACCUUCAGGUGCAAGGACAUGAAAAUGUUUAUGCAGUUGGGGACUGUGCAUAUAUUAAUGAACCCAAGAUGGCAUAUUAUGCUGGCAUUCAUGCCAGAGUGGCAGCAACCAAUGUUCGGAACAGCCUGAUUGGGAAAUCACUUAAAUCCUACAUACCAGGGGCUCUUUCUAUGCUUCUUUCAAUGGGACGAAAUGAUGGCGUCGGACAGUUCAAUGGAUAUUAUUUAGGUCGUUGUUUCGUGACCAUGGCUAAAAGCCGUGAUAUUUUUGUUUCAAAGAGCUGGAAGGAAAUGGGCCAAACGAUGCCUCGUUAAUUCUGCAGCUCAGAGACUGGAUGAAGUUUUGUCUAUUAAGUUUCUUGCUGAUGUUUGUGCAAAUGCGACUGUGUGUAACAGGUUGGGGAAUGCCUACAAUUGAAGACACUUUAAACCUACUAACUAACACUACCUCACUUUUUUUUAUGGUUUUAUGGUUGACCACCUGUUCCCAGUGAAGGUUCUGGAUAUUCCUAUAUCAUUAUCUUGGAAAAACUGAAAAAUUCAUUUAUAGUUUGUGUGUGUAUGGAUGCUGGAUUUCAUUUAGAGUGGUUGAACUUGAUGGAUUUUGGUCUUUUUUUCAACCCAACUUAACAUGUUACUAUGAAUAAUUUGACUAAAAGCUUUAUGAGAAGAUCCAAACAAGAGCAACAUAAGCACAACCAUUGUUACCUGAAUGAAUGGCAAUUCAGUACAUAGCACAAGUUUAAACAGAUUUCUACAGUCUACUGUUGCAUUAGACAUGGGGAAGCCUGUUUUCUAAUUUUUAAGGUUGAGAAAAACAAAAUGUGAGCGCCAAAAAAAUUGUGCAACUUCUUUUUCUCUAAAGACUAUUCUCGUGCAUCACAUUGUUCCAUUCAUUUUCAGUGAGGUUUUAAAAUACUUGAAUGUUUGAAUGAACUGAGAAAAUAAAUAUAUAUUAAAGCUGUUAAAUCGAACCACAUCAGCUUACUUACGGUA